AUGGAGCCCGACAAGGGGUUCGACACGCAUGUCGUUCAUGGGUCCUCGAUGAAGGAUCAGUUCGGCAGUGUCACCUUCCCCAUCUAUCAGACGUCAACCUUCCGGUUCGAAUCGGCUGAUCACGGAGCUCAGUGCUUUGCGGGCGCCAACGACGACUUCAUAUACACGAGGAUCAACAACCCGACCGUGAGGGAGCUGGAAAAAACCAUCGCCAUGCUCGAGAACGGCUUCGAUGGUAUCGCAACGUCCUCGGGGAUGGGAGCGGUGAACACGGUCUACAUGUCGUUUCUUGAAGCAGGAAAGCACGUCAUCUGCCAUGAGACCUGCUAUGGCCCCAGCAGGAGCAUGCUUGAGAACCAGUACGCCAAGUUCGGCGUGCAGGCAAGUUUCGUAGACACUUCGAAGAUAGAGGAAGUCAGGAGCGCGAUCAAGGACAACACUGUUCUGAUUUUUCUUGAGUCGCCAGCGAAUCCCACGGUGACGGUGACGGAUAUCAGUGCAGUGGCUGAGGUUGCAAGGCAGCACGACAUCCCAGUCUGUGUAGACAACACCUUCUGUAACAUUGUUCUACACUCGCUUACCAAGUCGCUCAACGGCCAUGCUGAUGUGGUGGCGGGGAUGAUCGUCACCAAGACUGAGAAGCUCUACAAGAAACUUCGCCCGGUCAUGGUUGGCCUCGGGUGCUGUAUGGAUCCCAACCAAGCUUUCCUCGUGCGCAGAGGCCUCAAGACUCUACCGCUACGAGUGAAGCAGUCUCAAGAAUCUGCAUGGAAGAUUGCAAAGUUCCUCGAGGAGCAUGACAAGAUCGCGUGGAUCAGAUACCCUGGGCUUGCGUCGCAUCCCCAGCACGAGCUCUGCAAGAGGAUGAUGAAGGGGCCCGGCAACAUGAUGAGCUUCGGGCUGCGAGGAGGGCUUGAGGAUGGAAAGAGGUUUCUUGAUUCGCUCAAGGUUUGCGUGCUCGCUGUCUCCCUUGGAGGAGUGGAGACGCUGAUACAACAUCCCGCGUCCAUGACGCACGCCAAGCUCUCUCCUGAGGCUCGGCUGGCAGGAGGAGUGUCGGACGAUCUCGUGCGAUUGAGCGUUGGGAUCGAGGACGUGGACGAGCUCAUUGCCGAUCUGUCUCAGGCGCUAGAGAAGAUCUGA